GCAGCGCAAACAGUGACAUCAGUGAGCUUUUAAGCAGUAGUCUCACGACCCGAAUAGUAAAUAAUAAACAUGGAGGACAUGGAGUCGUUAGUGUUGCUGGUCUUGGUGCUGUGGCUUGUUGUCACCGACAACGCCAACAGAUACUGGCAAGAGCGUAUAGAUGAAGCGAGGCGCAUAAGGCUUCAGAAAUUCUCGUAAUUCGUAAUUCUCCUUCUUCCGGGUUUGCGGUGUUUAUAGAUCCCAGCGUGCUCGCGGGGCAUGUGAGGACACUCCUCCUCACCAAUCAGUGCACAGGGGAGUGUCUGCUCACGCCCCCAGCCUCACUCGGCUCGCUUUGGCUCGCUUCAGCCCCACUCCAAAACGGUGCGAGUUUUAGGGGCUAAGCAGGGCUGAAGCGAGCUGAGUCAUGCUGUUUUUUGUUAGUCGAAAUGCGAGCCGUGUCGGGCUGAAGUGAGCUGAAGCGAGCUGAAAAAGGGUAGUGGAAAAGGGCCAUAAUGUAAACAGGUUACCGAAAUGGACACCAUCGACAGUGAUAUUCCCGAUGUUUCACAGAGAUGUGAAGUUAGACCCUAUCAAUUCGAACCGAUAGCUGGAAAUUCACAUGAACGUAGAUCUUGUCUUUACUCUGACGGGUCAGAUGAUUCUGAGAGUGAGGGUUCAUUCAGUCCCCAUGAAACUGAAAGCGGUCGGCUCGAUAACACUUCCUGAUUUUGAGAAGAAAGGGAAAAAGGAGGUGUCUCCAUUGUUGGACCAGUUUCUGUGCCGUGUUGCGCAGACCGGAGAGACCAUGGUGUCAUGGUCGCAGUUUAAAAGCUACUUUCUGUUCAAACUGGAGAAGGUGAUGGAGGACUUUCGAGCUUCGGCACCAGAGCAGAGAGGACCUGCAAACCCUAACGUGGAGUCUGUCCCGUUUGAGGAGAUGAAGGAGAGAAUAUUGAAGAUCGUCAACGGAUACAACGGGAUUCCAUUCACUAUCCAGCGCUUGUGCGAGCUUCUCACAGAUCCCAAGAGGAACUACACAGGAACUGAGAAAUUCCUAAGAGGGGUUGAGAAGAAUGUGAUGGUGGUCAGUUGUGUGUAUCCCAACUCUGAGAAAAACGGAUGCAGUGGCGUUAACAGAAUGAAUGGAGUCAUGUUGCCAGGUAGCACAUCCAUAUUCACAGAAAGGAAAGUGAACGGGCCUGGAACACCCCGGCCAAUGAACAGGCUGAAAAUUUCUCCAUCUAGUUCACUGGCCACAAAUGGUCUGCUGGACAGCACAGAAAACAAAGACGCAAACACAACAACAGGCCACAGCAAACCUAUCGGUGACUUGCCUGCAUCAGGUCUCCUUGGGUCUCCAUUGAAUAGCUGCAUAAAGAACAAGCAUGCAGAAGAGGAAGAAAACCCAGAGGAAGAACAGCAGGAGGUGAAGAGGCUCAAGUUCAGUGAGGAUGAGGAGGAGGAAGACACUGAAGGCGAAUCGGAAGACAAGCCGGUUCGAGCUGAGGGGGUGUCCGAUGUGUCGGGAAAUGCAGAGUCCCCAUCAUCCAUGACACCGGAGAGACAUGAAGAGCAGGAGGAAGAGCAGGAGGAUGCCAGUUCAACGGCGGCUUGUGAGGACCAAGAGCCGUCCAGUACGCAGUCCGACUCUGCAGAGAGGGAAGUUCCUUCUGGCUCCGCUCAGGAACCCAGUGACAUGGACCAGUCGGAGCAGAGAGCUCCUGCUUCCAGCCCUGAGCGGCAGGAGGGGGAGGAGGAGUCUAGUGAGCCGGACAGUAGCAGCAGUAAUAACGAGCCUGCCGCCGGCCCUGCCACUUCUACUGACUCCACCCCCAGUGGUGCAGACUCGCCCGCAGAGGGCAGCGUGGAGUUGGGGGAGCUAGACUUAGAAAACACAGAAGAGCCUAUGGAGCAGGAUUAAGGAACCUCCCAAAUACAGACUUUGUAGCAUAAACAACAACAACAACCAGCAGCAUGUGAAGAUUUGCGAACACACUAACAGUAACAGGAUGGACUUUAACUGGGGCCACCAAAGCCUUUUGGUCCAGCGUCAUCUACUUUUUCCAGCUUUCUUACCUGUUAUGGGUGGACACACUAUGCUGGUGUACAUAUGUGAUUAUUUUUCUUUGUUUGUUUCCUUUUUAGUUUUGUAUUGAAGGUUUUAAACUGGAAGGUUCUCUUCAUUCUCUUUCUAUUACACCCCACUCACCUUAGUACCACUGAAUGCAGCUGGUCUUCAAAGGCAUUUCCCCUUCUGUUGUAGGACAGCAGAGGGAUGAUGGGCUCUCAGUUUGGUUAUCUUCUGUACAGGCUGUAAAUGUGUGCGGGUUCGGGAGUGUUUCUUUUUUGCCCUUUUUUUUUUUUUUUUUAAAGAGUUGAGUAACAGACUUUAUCUCCAGAACAGUAGAAUUUCUCCUUGCUUAUGCAGUUUCUCCAAAGACCCAUCACUUAUUAGUCUGUAAAGGGUUGUGUUGUGUCUGCAUAUGGACCCAUGUAGAAAGCAUCAGAUGUGUAUUGUUUCAUCUAUUUAUACAUUCCCCCCCCCCACACACACACACACCAUGUUGUCCUUCAUUUCCCUUUUUAAGCUCUUGUUACACCCUAGACUGUAAUGAAGGAAAGUUUUUCAUAUAAAAGGUACAUGUAGUUAAUGGAAAAGAUUUCAAGUGAAUGACCAUUUCUGGUUCACAACAAUAAUUUAUAUGAGCAUUUCAAUGAAUCACUCUAUUUUUGAGAUUUUUUUUUUUCUUUCUUUCUUGUUUUGGAAGCCAGUCUGAGCACUAGUCACACUGUACAACCGUGAGUGUGAGAGGCGCUCCUGUCUAUACCAUACUGUCUCACCAAUUACAACUGACUGCCUCUACUGCAGCUGUACUGUUUUGAUAUUUAGAAUUUUUAAAUUUCUGUAGUUUUGUAGAGCAUUGUGUUCACUGCUGUUUGUGGAUCCAUAUUAUUGUAUGAUCUUUCUGCAUAUACUGAAUGCGUGUGCUUUCAAUGCAGUAUUCAGGUGAAGCAAUAAAUGUUCUGAUUUUAAAUGUACAAAUGAAGGUGUUUUUCUUAUUUUUGUUUUAAAUUAUCUAAGAUUUUCUACCUUUCUAAUGUACAUAUCGCUUGUGUUCUCUUUGUAAGCAGUGAAUAGGAACUUCAUCUGCUGCGGUGAAUACAUAUGGAGUCAAAUAGUAAUGAUGUCUCUUGCAAACUGCUCAGAAUGUUACCACAUAAUUGCUGUUCUGUACAAAUAACAUGAGCUUGUUCGUAACUCAAACUAUUACUAAUUGCAUACCAGUGUUUUUUGGGUUUUUUUUUUUUUUUUUUUAAUAAAUUUACAUUGUACAUGUA